AUGAAGCCCACCGGGUUUGCCAUCUUGAUGAAAAAUCCGAUAGAUAGCCCGCAGGCGGGAAUGGUUACUGGGCCUUCAGGGGUCAUGCUCGCCAAGAGUCUGUUGUCUCACGCGUGGGCUAUGCACAUCGUUGAGUUUAGCUGCCUCUCGUCUGAGACCAACUGGCAAGCAAGCUCACUGAGGGCACUGUCGGCAAAAUUGCCAGUUGAGGUGGGAACAUUCGGUCCAUCCCGCGCCAUCGGCAAUAAGCGUCUGACCCUUCUGGCCGGUGUCUGA